CACGUGACACCAGCAACAUGGCGGCAACCAUGAGAAGGGCCGUCACACAAGUGACUGAUGUUGUUUUUCCCGUUUCCAGAGCUUCAAAAGAUGGCCAGCAACAUCAUAUAUUGAACUCAGGUAAUGAAUAUAUGUCCAACCUCCCACUGCAGAUGUCUCUAUACUUCAAUGUGUUUUAUUAUCCCAUCUGGCUGGUCACUGCUGUUGUCAUGCUGGAGGCUAAGUACUUAGCCUUGGACACCUUGUACCAGAUUAUCCUGAUAGCGGUGCUGGUUGUGAUGACCAUUGUGGAAGCCAUCCGCCUCUACCUGGGAUAUGUAGGAAACUUGACAGAGAAGGUUCCAGAACUUGCUGGCUUCUGGCUGUUGACUUUACUCCUACAACUUCCACUGAUCAUGUUCCUGCUGUUCAAUGAAGCAGCCGUCUUGUUACCUCUGGAGAGGGCCAUGCACAUUGUGAUGUUUGUCUUUAUCUUGUUUGAGGGUGUGUGCGGGUACUUUGCCAUAAGAAUCAUGGUGAACUACCAAGUGACAAAAUUCCACAUGCAGCAGUUCACGGAGUUGGAGGACCUGGGGUAUGAAAAGGAUGACUAGUGCACAAGUUGAUUUCUUUACUUCAGGUAAGACCUGGAGGAAAAACAGAUGUGGGGACUGUGACUGAGACAUAUGCCUUUGCAUAUUUGGCAGUUACUUUGACAAAUCUCUUGACUGACAUUUUUUUGUGGAGUGUUUUGCAAACCCUUUGGGGUCAAAUACACUUGAACAUGAUCAGUCAGAGUGAUUGGGUUAGUAAGCAGACUGGGUGCACUUUCACUCAAGCAUCGACAGAGAUAGACUGACAGUUCAUAUUCUUUCAAGUAUAUCACAACUUUGAUGUUGUGAAGGUUUGCAUGAUGGAAGCGUGGAAGCAUAUUGCUUUUUGACUGACUUUGAGGAAAGUUAACUUCAUUAUCCUGAAAUGGGGAUCAAGGCAGCUAACACUAGUUUUUUCCAAGCUGCGUCCCCAUGGGCCUGAAGAUUCUCAGCCCUGUUUAUCCAAAACCAAUUUAUAUAUUUAGGCCAUGCUUUACUUACUGAUAGGUACUAAUGCUCAGUAGUUGAUUUUAUUGACUUCAAACUGUCUUGAGGAUUGAUAUCAGAAAACAGUCCAAAACAGAUGCAGGAAUAUUAUUGAAAAAGUCUUUUAUUAAAGGAAUUUAAUGGCUGCAUGUAGAUCACAUAGUUUCUUAUUUACAUUGAGCAAUGCUGUUUUGGCAAAAAUUUUGACCAUACAUUUAUGGUGUGUCUUUUUUCUAUACUUAAUUUGUUGGUCUUUAUCCCCAAAAGCUAAUCUACUCAAAUCCUACAUUAUUGAUAAAAUGUUAUAUUUAUGCAUUUGGGGAUUAUUGUUUUAUGACCAUCAAGUGUAGUUUGCAAUGUUUCCACAUAUUUUUCCAUGUUAUUCAACCUGAAACUUAUUCAAUAUAUAUUUUAAUAGUGUACACAUUUCUAGGAAGCUUGCUGCAGUUCAUUUUACAAAGUUGUACAAUUUUUUUUCUUUCUUAUUUAUUUCUUACUUAAACACAGUUUUAGGAAUGGUGCUACUUUUGACAUACAGGUACAGCAUCUAUAUGUAUUACAUGUAUGUUAAUACACAUGCCCAGUAACAGAUUUUUGGUGCCUUUUUGAAGCCAUGUGCUCAGUGGCUGUUUGCAAAAGUAAAAAUGUUCUUGUUUGAUACAUUAAGAAUUUUUGCAGAGUCAAAAAAAUGCAUAUAAAAUUAAAAGAGUGAUCAGUUAUAGCCAAGGUCAAAUUUUAUUUACUGCCAAAACAAUAAAAAUGCUGUUUGUCUUUUAAUUUGUGAAACAAUUGAAGAUAAGUAUAUAAUAAGUGCGUCAUAUUCUAGAAAAUGCCUUUCCACCACUGGUUAAAUCCAUAUUUGCAUGUCUAUCAGUACUGUGACAUUGUUAUGUUAAUCUGUAUUGGAGUUACAACAUUAACUCAAAUGACAGUUUCAAGAAGGAUGUAAUUGAAAUGCUACUAGGAGUUUCGUUAAGUCAGAGGACCACCAUGUAUAUUCUGUAUAUAUGUACAAACUCAUAUUUUCAUCAUGUACAGAUGUUUUUUUGGAACAAAGCGUCAUUGCCAUCUUCAUCUUAUAAGAACAGAAAUUGUAAUGAUAAGAAGUAAAUCAUUUUCAAGAAGACUUUGUUUUCUACCUUUGUUUCACACAUUUAGUUUCAUUAGCAAAGUUUCUAUUUACUUUUUUAUCAUCAUUACACAAGAGACAAUGAAAAAAGUAUCUCACCAGAAAUCAUACUGCCUUCCAUGUAUACUUUAAAUUUAUAAGUGCAUGUAUUUUUAACUAAAAAAGAAGGGACUACAAUAUGCUCCUUUUGUGAAAAAUACCUAGGAUGUUUUAUUAAGUCUGUUGAUUAAAACUGUGUUAUGUAUGGCUAGAAUUAUUUAUGAUGGUAAAUUUAAGUGAAUACAAAAUGGAGUACGUGAGACUGUUUUCUCAAGUAACCAUAGGCUCAUUCUCAGUGAAAUUAGCAUUCUAUGUAGAUCCACCCGACUCUGCAGGGACUCUCGCUGAAUGCAAUCAGAAGAACAGUUUAGCAAGCCUCCUCCAUACAGAAAAGCUGGAGAUUAUAAGAGUAUGUUGGAAACGAGGAGGCAGGUUAAUCUCUUAAUUUGAUUGCAAUCAGCAAGAGUCACUGUGAAGUUAGAUCAACAUAUGUUGUAGAAUGAGUUUCACUGGGAUUGAGCCAAUACAGUUUAAUAUUGGCUAUUAUCAUAAUGGUUCGUUCAUCCCUAAUUUAGUUGUGAGUGGGCUGGGAGUUAAGCUUGCGAGAAGAAUGGGUUUGCAAGCAGCAGAAUGGAAAUGGGCUAAGAUGGAUCAAAACGGUUCAACCACUCCAAAAUGCUCCCAAAAUCCCAAAUUGAUUUUUCUAUGGCAAACUUUCAUUUUUAUCCAUGCUUUCAUAAAAAAGUGUCUCUGAUAAAUAACCAACGCCUGCAUGUACAAAAUUGGAAAUGCUUUUUAUUCAACACAAACCAGCUUUGGCAAAGCAAAGUACAUCAUUAUAUGUAACACAUUAGAGGUCUAAAAGGUUUUUUAUCUAACAGUUACAAUGGUGAGUCAUGGCAUUCACUCCUUCACCCUGUGUUUCAAAGAACAUCACAAAGAUGCCAUUAAUUUUAAAGAUAUAUUUAAUGUCUCCAUUAUUAGAUCAUCUUUUGUGGCAGGUAUGCGCUAUGAAAGCCAGGGUGAAGCUGUUUUAUAAAUGAAGUAAAUCAAUACAGGAACCCGUCUGUGUGACUGAACUGAAGGACAUUUAAGUAAUAGUUUCAGCCAAAAGGAAUGUUUUAAAACAGCAGCUUUGAUGCUUGUGGCUAAAUAUACAUUGUCUGGUGCUCUUCUUUCAUAUCUAAUAAACAUUCAGCCAUUAAGGUUAUUUAUUACGACUCUCUGGAAUAUUUCACUUGGUCGUCUCUCACAUCUGGUACAUUCAUGGCACGUCCUCAGUUUAUGAGCAGAUUUCACUUUCUCUUUGCAAAAAGUCUACUGUUUUCAUUCAGUGAAAAACUAUCUGCCUGCAAUAAGUAAAAUCUGAUAUCUAUUCAAAACUGUAACUGAAUAACAUGCAUUACGACUCGCUGAAGCCACCUGUAAUAACCAUAUGUACCUGUUUGAAGAUACACUUUUUUUACACACAUUUAGUAUGUACAUUGACUUGCUUCGCGAAGCGAUGCGUUCGACUAGAAUGCAUAACUUCAUACAUUUAUGAGAUUACAUAUUAUGUACAUUGAAACAUAAAGCAGAUAGGCACACGCAUUCGGCCCAUGCAUAUAUGCCUGCACGAAUACAGAGUAAAAGACAGUCAGACAUAUAUCUUUUUUUUUUCUUUCCAGCGGCUAAGUACAAUUAUUUAAAUAUAAAAUAGUUUGUACAAAAUAGUGACCUUGAAAUCAAAAUACUUAUAUAAACAGCAUAUUAACACACCCACUUCACGAAAC